UUCAGCAAUGGCAUAGAGCUUGACAUCUGAAGUGUUUACUCCAUUUGCAGUAAGCGGAUAAGUUUAUUCAUCCGGAAUUUAGUAGAUGCUUUUACUGAAUGCUUCUACUUAGAAGUUGAUGCUUUUACGUUUUGCUAAUACUUUUCAGUAUUCUACUACUUUUUAUUCAUACGACAUAUUGAUCCAGCCAAGUUUAAAGUCACUGUUUUCUGAUCUAAAAGAAGCAACUCGUAAAAAGAUGUCAUCGUCAUCCGUCAGUGCAGCAGCCAUCAUCAUUGUUGUCACUGUCACUGUGUCGUUGUCACCGAUUGUGUCAUCGGGUAACCAACUGAAUGAACCACAGCACAAUGACUAUGACAGGUCAUGUUUUGUCCCUCCUUCCCAACACGACGACUCAAAGCCGUUUAUGUCCGUGGACAUUUCUUAUCCCCCUAUGGACCCAGAAAUGCAAGAUGACUUUCAGGACUAUAAAAUAUUGGCAAUUCCUAACGGGACAUGUGGACUUGAUGUGUAUUACGUCAAUUACCAUAUAUUUUUAGCACCAGAAUACAAGGACGUCAUACAACAAACGGAACAGCUACUUACUCAAGCUUGUUUAUUCUCACCUGAAACAAGCUGGUACAUAAAGGUCCUCACAACAGGAAGUCCGUAUGGUUAUUAUGGAAACAGUGUAAAACUUGUACCAGACAAGGAGUUGCGUCAUCUGCCGCCUGAGUGGUUGCAAGGUCUUACCAUUCAAAUGCACAUUGACCAGUUCCCAGCUACAUCACUGACGAAUCGCUGCAACGUACCUCUCCUUAAAAGACUCCCAAACGAAAAGUACAACCUGAACAUAACUGCACAACUUAAUGGUUGCCCAUCUGGCCGAUAUGGGGGUACAUGUAACCAAACAUGUUCCUGUGUUCAGGGAGUUGAGUGCCAUAGCUUCAAUGGGAUCUGUAUGUGUCCCCCUGGACUUGAAGGAACGCGUUGUGAACACACUUCCCCUAGACUCAGUGUACAACAGCAACAUGUUUAUGUACCGUAUGGAACAUCAUACAACCUAACCUGUAUUGGAGACGGGAUGAUACCUGCAAACUACUCUUGGAUCAAAGAGAGUACAUCAACGCGCCUAGUCACUGCAUCCAGAGAGAAAACAGUCCCUUAUAAACCAAGCCCUGUUGUUUUCACAAGCACAUUGGAAGUUAACAGCACAACCGUCAAUGGUGGAUAUCUUUGCGAAGUCUAUGACGGAAAUGGAACAGAGUACAGGCAAUAUGUGAACGUCACCGUCAUAGCCGUCCCAGAUCCCUUCAUGCGAGUUCCUCAGAACCAAACCGCCCUCAUCGACAGGAAUGUUGUCUUCACCUGUAAGACCAAGAAGGCAGCUGGGACCAUCAAAUGGGUCAAAGGUCACAACCCACCAUCCUCAGAGAUCAAGGAUAAAGUUGGCCAUUACGGGGUACGCCAUCUCUCUGAUGGUGUUUCUGAACUUCAUAUCUAUGGUGUACAAUUCUCGGAUGAGGAUGUGUACAGAUGCUAUGUUGGGUUCACCUUCAAGGAGCCAGACUUGAAUUAUGCAGAGGCAAAGCUUAUUGUCCAAUCUGAUCCCCAACCUAAGUGUUCCUUCCAAGACGUGGUGAAUGCCACAUCGGGUCAGGAGGUGACGCUUUUUUGCCAGAUGGAGAAAGUCAAACCAGCUCCAUCACUGACUUGGGCCGUAGAGGGCCGACAAAUCACCCCGCAACCCACAACAGUCAUCACUCUAUCAGAUGAUCAGUAUUCAUUUGAUGUCAACACCACGAUGACCUUUGACCCUGCCCCUGAAGAUGAUGGACGGAGAGUCUCUGUUGCCAUGGAAAGCCCAGCUUGGGAGGGGAGUAGAGUAAUGUCAACCUCUUUGAAUGUACAGUAUGCACCCAUUGUGGAGAUCAAUCCAGACCCAAUCUCGCUUGCCUCAGGACAGGAUGCUGUCAUCUCCUGUUUGACCAAAGCCAACCCACGUCCAACCAGCUACGACUGGAUCCUCAGUCGACCUGACAAAACACCACAGAUUGAUUCCUCAACUGGUGACACCUACCAUCUUAUAAAUAUUGAUAUGACCUAUGACCUGGCAAGCUUGACCUGUAGAGCUGGGAAUGAGGUUGGGGAGACGAAUGAUACAGUGAGGAUGAAAGUGACAGAGAAUGGCUUCACACCGGCUGCAACUACAGCAUUCUCCGUCUUGGGAGGAAUGUGCCUCUUGGUGUUGAUCGUCUCAAGUGUUCUUGCUUAUUGUUUCCGUAAAGAAGUUAUCCUCUGGUGGUCUGCAAAGACUGGCAAGAAUAAAGAUAACAAAGACUUUGACGUCUUCAUCUCGUACAAGAGUGGAACACCCGAUGAGGAGUUUGUUGUGCAGGAGCUCAUUCCAAGAUUAGAGCAAGAUGGCUACCGUGUCUGUGUCCAUUUUAGAUUCUUCUUGCCAGGGAGAAGUAUCAUCGACAACAUCUCUGAUGCAGUUCGUCGGUCCCGCAAGACUCUUCUCCUCCUCACCCCUGGCUUUGUCGAGAGCGAAUGGUGUCGAUAUGAAUUUCAAGCAGCUCUCCUUCAGAUGCUGCGCCGUCAAAUGGACAUCAUCCCGGUCAUCUUCGAGGAUCUCGGCAACCCGGCAAACCUCUCCGACGACAUCCAGACCGUCCUCCGUACUCUCUCCUACAUCACCUGGCCCGGUGCCGUCUUGGACGGCAGGGGUCCGCAGAGGGAGGGCGACAAAGAUCGGUUCUGGAAACUGCUUUGGGAAUCCUUGCCCGACAACCCCCUGGGAUUGGAAGAGCAGCUGUAUGAUUUGGACGGAAUGGGAGAAGAUAAAGUUGACACGGAAGGAAAUGAAGAUGUAAAAGUUGAGGAAAAUGCAAUGUUAUUGAUUGAUGUUCAGGCUUGAUUUUUCUUAUUCUGUGUACAGAGGAAGAGUCCUAUAUAGGGCUACUUCGUGUGACAAGGGUGUUUUUUCUUGCGCUAUUAUCUCG